AUGUCUUUGCCAUGUCGAAGUACUAGUCAACUCACAGACCUUGGCCCACUUGGUUUCCGUAGCCCAAUUCACUCCGCUCGUUCCCGCAAAUCUGCACUGAAGCACCUACUCACGGAAGGGUUCCCCUACUCCAAAAAGUUAACGGGGCAUACCUCUUGCGUCAACGCGCUCGCAUUCUCGCAUGGCAGCGGUCGGUGGCUCGCGAGUGCAGGGGAUGAUCUACAUGUUCUCCUUUGGGACUUUCACCAGGAUGAUGUCAACGAGGCAUCAUUCUCAUUCACCGGGCCAAGGGCCAAUGUUUUUUCACUGGCAUUCUCUGCCACGGAUCAAUAUCUCUACUCAGGUGAUACAGACAAUAAAAUCUACCAGUACGACCUUUCAUAUUUAUCGUCGGCUGGUACGCAGCACUCCAGGUUCUCCAGUGCGGUAUUUCAGCAACACGAUGACAGCGUCCGCGCAAUUUCCUCUCACCCAGUGUAUGACCAUAUAUUUAUGAGCGCAGGAGAAGACGGCCGCAUCAUCCUGCAUGAUACACGAACACCAACCGGCCGACAUUCCCGAGCCGAGAAUGUCCUCCAACAUGAUGCCGAAUUCACAGGUGUCCAGUACCAUCCAAACAUGGCACACAUUUUUGCGACAAGUGACAAUCGGGGAGAAGUGUGCCUACGCGACGCACGUAUGGCCUUUGGUCCACUAUCACGGAGGAGCCAGAAAGGCAUCGUGCAGACCUACGUGACAACGCUAUUGAAACACUCGCACCUGAGCAAGCCCGAAGUCAGCAGCAUCACUUUCGAUUAUACAGGGACGAGGCUAGCGGCGACAAUGCUGUAUUAUUAUCCCGUCAUAUAUUCUGUGAAUGAUCCCUACCCCUUGGCCAUCUGUAAUGGUCGUAAUCAGCCUGAUGGUACUCCCGUGCCAUCAGGAGUGCGCACUUACUCUAAUACAUGCACCAUCAAGCAUGGCUCCUUCGGAGGCCCAGGUCUAGGAGAUGAUUGUUACUACGGCGCUGGGUCGGACGACUUUUGUGCCUAUAUCUGGAAAAUCCCAGAUACCCCGAGGCUACUAGAUGGCAGGCUUGAAGUUGAUCCAGAGGACUGGGAUGAACAUUCGAGUACCGUAGGUUUCGCCAAUGGCCUUUCGCAAUCACGAGUGGUACCGAUGGAGUUGCCCACGCCAUUCUGCAGAUUGACAGGUCACCAAUCGAUCGUCAAUACGACACUGAUGCACCCUAGUAACCUCCACAUUGCAACUGCCGGCAUCGAACGUGAUAUACUCAUCCACGGUCCAACCCCCACCUCGCCGUGCCUGGACGGAACGACACUCACUCCCACCGCUGUCCGUACGUUACCUGACAGUGAUCUAGAUUCCAACAGGCUGUUCAGGCAUGCGAUCGGGCUGGGGCCCGCAAUGGACGAGCCUGACGAUGAUACGGGAGCGAUUGCUCUGUUUGAUGAGAUCAUUCGGCAAGAGGGCGACGCUGAUGUCUUCGUUCUCCGCCGCUGGAAUCCUGACGUUGAUCGUGAUAUCGACCUGGAGGAAGAGGGCGUUGUUACAGAUGAUCACACCGAAGAUACCUAA